AUGUCAGACGUAUUGGGAUUUCUUAAAGUCAUUGUCCAAAGAGGUAUUAAUCUUGCUAUUCGCGAUGCCAUUACCAGUGAUCCUUACGUUGUUAUCCAUAUAGGUCAACAGAAAUUGAAGACGCAUGUGAUAAAAAGAAAUUGCAAUCCAGUUUGGAAUGAAGUAUUGAUUUUUUCAAUUAAAGAUCCUAAUGUUUCUAUCAAUUUAGCCGUUUACGACAAAGACACGUUUACAUUAGAUGAUCAAAUGGGUAUGGCGGAGAUCGACCUUAAACCCUACAUAGCCGCUUUAAAAAUGGCAAAGGGUUUGCAUAAUCUACCAAACAAUUGCGCACUGAAACGAAUACAACCGAAUCAGAAUAAUUGCCUCGCCAAUGAGAGCAGCAUCAUUUGGGAGAACGGCAAGAUCACUCAAGACAUGCGAAUCAAACUAAAAAAUGUCGAAUGCGGAGAACUUUUGAUCCAACUCGACUGGAACGAAACUCCUAAUUGUAAGGGUUUGGAAAGUGAAGGUACAUAUGCUCGCUUUAAUCAUAUUUAUAUCUAUAUAUGUGUCCAACAUAUACCUGAUCAUGGGUUGGGCCACCCAGCUCGGCCCGAAGGCUCGCCCGAAAUAUGA